CCAAAGGCCCCGCCCCUCGUUCCUCCACGGAGUCUGCGCAGCGAGGAGUAGGAUCAGACCGAGUGCAUCUUCAUUUGUAUCUCUGCCUGCCUGCUGGGCUAGCCGUCGUCCGUCUGUCCGUUGGGCCGUGCUGGUGACGUCUAGGCGGAACCCGAGCUCAGGCAGCAGCACCCUUGACCCGAGCAAGCCUUGUGGAUGGAGCACUGGACCCAGAGUGCCUGCCCUCACCUGCCUGCGCCUCAGUUUCCACAUCUGUGCAAUGGGGGUGACCGUCACUACCCUGCUGGCUUCCAGGAGCGGCUCUGAGUCCAUGGGCGUGGUGGCUACCUGUGGGAAGCCAUAGCGCUCUUUCACAGGCUGGGCCUUCACCAUGGCGGGAGGGAGACCUCAGCUGAAGAGGAGUUUCUCCAUCAUUCCCUGCUUUGUCUUCGUAGAGUCGGUGCUGCUGGGUGUGGUGGUCCUGCUCGCUUACCGCCUGGAGUUCACAGACACCUUUCCUGUGCACACCCAGGGCUUCUUCUGCUAUGACAGUACUUACGCCAAGCCCUAUCCGGGGCCUGAGGCUGCCAGCCGAGCACCUCCUGCACUUAUCUAUGCUCUGGUCACCGCUGGGCCCACCCUCACGAUCUUGCUGGGGGAGCUGGCACGUGCCUUUUUCCCCGCACCACCCUCAGCCAUCCCCAUCAUUGGGGAGAGCACCAUUGUGUCUGGGGCCUGCUGCCGCUUCAGCCCCCCGCUGAGAAGGCUGGUCCGCUUCCUGGGGGUCUACUCUUUCGGCCUCUUCACCACGACCAUCUUCGCCAACGCGGGGCAGGUGGUGACUGGCAACCCCACACCACACUUCCUGUCCGUGUGCCGCCCCAAUUACACAGCUCUGGGCUGCCUGCCGCCCUCACCGGACCGGCCAGGGCCUGACCGCUUUGUGACCGACCAGGGUGCCUGUGCUGGCAGCCCCAGCCUGGUGGCCGCUGCGCGCCGCGCCUUCCCCUGCAAGGACGCUGCCCUUUGCGCCUACGCGGUUACCUACACAGCGAUGUAUGUGACACUGGUGUUCCAGGUGAAGGGCUCCCGUCUUGUCAAACCCUCGCUCUGCCUGGCUUUACUGUGCCCCGCCUUCCUGGUGGGUGUGGUCCGCGUGGCGGAGUACCGCAACCACUGGUCGGACGUGCUGGCCGGCUUCCUGACUGGGGCGGCCAUUGCCACCUUUCUGGUCACCUGCGUAGUGCACAACUUCCAGAGCCGGCCACCCUCCAGCCGAAGGCUCUCCCCCUGGGAGGGCCUGAGCCAAGCCCCUACUGUGGACAGCCCCCUCGAAAAGUUAAGUGUAGCCCAGGAACCCGAGGCCUGCAGGCCGCAUUCGACACCGGCACGGCUCACCCCAUCCAAGCCGCAGAACUGCGCCCGCCGUGGCCACCUGAUCCCAAGCUGCGUGUCCUCCAGGGCUCCAGCCAUGUGUUCAUCACCCCGUGUGCCCCGCCCUCGGUUGAGAUCUGAGCCAACGCCCCUGCCACUGCCCCUACCCCUGCCAGCACCACCCACCAGCCAGGGCCCCUCACCCUCCUCUCCUGGGCCUGGGGGGCCAGGUGGGGGUGGUGGACGUGGCAGGAAACUGCUGCUGCCCACACCCCUGCUACGGGACCUGUAUACCCUUAGUGGACUCUAUCCCUCCCCCUUCCACCGGGACAACUUCAGUCCUUACCUGUUUGCUAGCCGUGACCACCUGCUGUGAAGCCCACCCAUCCACCCAGAAUCUUCCCAGUUCUCAUUUAUCCCCUGCCACACGUGUGUGUGCGUGCACCAUGUGAGUGCCAAAGCCCCCGUCUCCAAACCAGCCAGGCCCAGAUAUCAGAGAAUGGCUGGAAGGACAUUUGGGGGACUCCCUGCCUCUCUUGCCUUCUGGGACAUCCAAGUGGGCAUAAGUGGGAGGUGGGCCCUUGCCACCUAUAAUUGCUCUUUUAAGGGCCAAAUCCUGACCCCAUUGGCCAUUGCCCAGCCAAUGGGAGCCUCCAGUUCUUUGAAUUCUAACCAACAGGAGUUUACUCCAGCCAAUAGGAGCCUCCUCCUCACUUCUUAGUAUCCUCAGGCAAGAGGGCAACUCCAGCCAGUGUUCAGCAAAUGAACAACCAAUAGGAGUCCUUGGUUUUCAGAAUUUCUAGGGUGGGUGGGUAUGAUUCCAGCCAAUGGGGGACCGCCCAUGUCUAAGUAUGUGCAAAGUUGAGGAGGGAGUUGGGGUCAUUCUUUGUAACCAGGUACUCUCUCCUCAGGAUCAGAAUUUAGCCAGAGGGUGGGGGGCAGACUCCCCCAUGGCAGGAUCCUUGGGGCACCCCUUCCCCUCUCAGUCCCUCCACCAUGUGCACCCUGUCACCCAGUCCCUCUUAACUCCCUACUGAUGCAGGGCGUGUCCAGUUCAGAGGUUUUGUUCAGGGUGCUGUCUCCCUUUGCCUGUGCCCAGGUUACCCCAAACCCUUCUGCUACUUAUUAGGGCUGUGGCAAAGGACUUUUUUUUUCUCAGAACCCACCCCUGUUCUUCACACUGCCCCCAUGCCUCAGCCUCAUGUAAAUGUGCCAUCUUGGGGUCAUGGGUGGAGCAGAGAGGGCUUUCCCAUCCCCGAGGGCAGCCAAAGGCAGUGGGCAGAGGAGACACCAACUCCCUUUCCUGCCCCUCCUCGUCACCUUUAA